AUCAAAGAAGAAGAAGCUAACCCGGAAAACAGGCGGAAUGGGCUCCUGUGUUGUCCACAUGUUUCUUUAGUCACUGUACACAUCAAGUGUAAUGUUCGUAAAUAGGAGUUAAAACAGCGAAAUGAAAACUGGCAUCGGUCUAAAGCUAGUUCAAGACACAGUUGGAAGAUGCUGAGUGAUUCUGAGGCUACAGAGCUGCUCUCAUUCCUAACCCCCGGCACCCGUCCUGAUGUCAAAGCUUACGCCACAGAGUAUAUCCUGGGACUGUCUGGUCACAGGGAGGGCUGCCGCUUCCUCCGCUCUAAACCAGACUUACUGGUUGCCCUCUUUGCGCUGACCUCUGACCCCUCUGUUGCCAUAGUGAAGGACUGUUACCACAUCUUCAUCAACCUGUCAGCUGAUGAGACUCUGCACCAGGUUUUGGUAUCAGAUGUCAAAGUUCUUCCAGUGUUGUUAAAGAAACUUCUGGAUCCAGAGUACCUGUUUUCUGAUCAGAUCUGCACCAUCCUGUCCAACCUGACUCGCCAUGAGAAGACCUGCAAGACUGUCUUUAAAGUCCUCCAGGAGGAGGUUGGUCUGGCUCAGCUGGUGGAAAUCUUUUGUACCGAAGGUUACAACAAGAUGGCAAAGCUCCACUACCUUGGUCCUAUGCUGUCUAACCUGACACAGCUUCCCGAGGCCAGAAACUACAUGAUGGACAAGGACAGGUGUGUAGUCCAGAGGUUGCUGCCCUUCACUCAAUACCAGGCAUCAGCUGUGAGGAGGGGGGGAGUUGUAGGCACUCUGCACAACUGUUGCUUUGACUACGCCCAUCAUGAGUGGUUGCUAAGUGACGCUGUGGACAUCCUGCCCUUCCUCCUGCUGCCACUGGCUGGUCCCGAGGAGCUGUCAGAGGAGGAGAAUGAAGGUCUGCCUGUGGACCUGCAGUACCUCCCGGAGGACAAGAUGAGAGAGGAUGACCCAGACAUCAGAAAGAUGCUGCUGGAAACACUUUUACUGCUGACAGCUACCAAAGCCGGUCGCCAGACGCUGAAAGAGAAGAACGUUUAUCCGAUCAUGAGAGAGUUUCACAGCUGGGAGAAGGACGCCCACGUGACAGCAGCCUGUGAGAAACUGGUCCAGGUCCUGAUAGGAGACGAGCCAGAGCAGGGGAUGGAGAACCUGAUGGAGGUGGAGAUUCCUGAGGAUGUGGAGGAGAAACUGAAGAAGGCCGACACCAAGGAACAACAGGAGCUGGAGAAGGAACAAGAGAAAAGGAGACAGGAGGAGGAGGAGGAGAAGAAAAGUGAUGCAGAGCAAACAAACAGAGAACAGGAGAAAGGACAAAGAGAGUAAAUACAGCUUCAGGCCUGAAAUCUGUAGCAUUUUGACUUCAUGAAGAAAUCUGUUGAAGGGACACAGGUGUCAAGUAAAUGUUCUUACAGCUUUAUUCAGACAUGACAUUUACAGAAAGAACACUGAGUGCUGUGUGAUCUGUCGGCUGGUCCACACAGUGUGAGCUGAGCGGAACAGUAAAGUGGGUGUUAAUAUGAAGAAGAAGAGUGUUUUCUCCUCUGUCACAGGCCGCAUCAGUAAUGGAUUUUAAAACGAACUUUGCUGUUGAAGCCAUAUUCAAUGACUAUUUUAUAAUGUCUGACAGUGAUGAGAUACAGUACAGUAUGGACUGAAAUUAAUUUGGAGCCAGUUUUGUCACACUUGGGGAGGGGUGGGGGUCACUUUUAUGGAUUAGAUCUGAUGAGGAAUAUGGUCUCAACUAAACAUUGGUUAAUUUUGUGUUUAUUGGACUAAUUUUUCUUUUUCUUUUUGCUUUUAAAAAUGAUGAAUGACUAAUGGGCAGCACAGCGCCAUGGUCACGGUUGUCACAGCAAGACGUUUUUGUGUUCGAGUUCCACCCGACCCAGGGCCUUUCUGUGUGGAGUCCACAUGUUCUCCCUGUGCCUGCGUGGGUUCCCUCCGGAGUACCCGGAG